CAAGGUUGUUUUCAAAGAGAAUUUAAACACUUGUUUUGUUUUGAUUUUUCUUCACCCAGUCGCAGUGUCAAAGUAUUGUGAUAUUAAAUAAUAAUAUGUAAUUAUUAUUUUAUUAAAAUUGUUAAUUUUAAUUGUAUUUGUAUGUAGUUAUGUACAUAUUCUAGGUAGUUUAUUCAUAAAAUGUGAUUGUUGACUUGUUCAUGAUAUUAUAGUAUCGACUAAAGAAAGUUUUACCUCUCCUGUAAUAAUUACAAUUUACAUUAUAUGAUUAUUGGGUUUAAUAAAAUUUAUUGAACUACUAAAGCUUUGCUUAGAGUAAUAUUUUAAAUAAAGCUGAAGACAAUGAAUUAUGGCCGCGGUAAUUCUAAUAAUAUAUUGGACACCACUAUGCUAUCAUUGGUUGGUGAAUUCAAUACUCAAGUGAAUGAAAUAUUGGGAUAUGUCAGACUGACUAGAGAUGAUGUUUUAGAGUUACAGUUACUUUUUGAUGACCUAAGGGCUAUUUUUGGAAAAAUUUGGCCAGGUUGUACAGUUGAACCAUUUGGAUCCAUAACUACAGGUUUGGGCAUUAAAACUAGUGAUGUAGAUUGUUACAUAGGGAUUUAUACAGCAGAUAGACCUCCGCCAGCAGCCUGUGCACAAGAAGCUCGACAAUUAUUACGGAGACACAAGCACUUGUUUACAAAAAUCCUUGCAAUUCUCAAAGCUAAAGUACCUAUAGUGAAAUUUCACUACUUGCCAACUAGAACUGAUUGUGAUAUCAGUUUUUCAUCACCGGCUUCAGUGUAUAACUCUGAAUUGGUGUCUCACUUACUAAACAUGGAUGAACGAAUUUUGCCCCUUACAAUUAUUAUUAAAUAUUGGGCUAAACUAAAUAAUUUAACUGGCACAAAUUUCAUGUCAAACUAUUGUCUUUCUUUACUGGUCUUAUUCUAUUUACAACAGAGAGAAAUAGUGCCUCCUGUAUUCACUUUACAACAAAAUGUUGCACCUAGUAGUGUUGAUUGCUGGAACAUGUCGUUUGACACUCAGGAAGUGUAUACAACAAAUAAUAAAGAAACACUUUAUAGUCUGUUAGGUGGAUUUUUUCAAUAUUAUAAGAAUUUUGCAUUUAAUAAGUAUGUGAUAUCAUUAUAUCAUGGGAAAGUUAUAGAUAAGGAAUUAUUUAGAAGGGGUGAGAUGUAUUCUCAGUUUGAGCAAUAUUAUACUAAUCUACAGAAUAAAGUGUGUAAAGAGAUUGUAAUGAAAUCGCCUAUGUGUGUUCAAGAUCCAUUUAACCACAGCAGAAAUGUUGCCAUCUCUGUACAUAACAGACUGUAUAUUAAUAUCAUGAAUUGUAUAAGGAAUGCAUCAGCUGUGUAUGACAACGAGGAUGUCACCGACUUCCUCCCUAAACUGUUGCUUAACCAUCCACCAAAUAGGCCAUUGAAACAUAUGCCAAAUAGAAAUAUGAACACCAAUCGCGGUAUUGCUAAGAAUAAUUAUAAUAAACAAAAGUUUGGCAAUGCAAAGAUUAAACAGAAUAUACAAAUGUCUAGAAAAUAUUAUCAAAAUCAAUUUAAAAGAAAGUAAUGUGGUUUUAAUACCUAUGCAUAUUUUAAAUUAUAAUUGUGGCUUUCUAGUUUGGGCUUUUGCCUACUUUAGUUUUAUUUUGAUUUUUAAAUUGACAUGCCCAUUGGUCACAUUUGAUUUCAAUUUUUUUGUGCUUUGAUAAAGAUAAGAAAAAGUAAAAAUACCUAUUAUAAUUAUUGUGGCGUCAAAUAACCAACCUUCAAACAAAUGAUGUCAAAUCAUGGUGGAUAAAAAAAAACAAUUUAAUAAAAAAAAUUAAUGACAAAUAUGUAAGUUUAUUUUAUGAAUAAUUAGUUAAUUUAGACUAAGGUUCGUUUUAUUUCUGUUUCAAUUUAUUUUCGUAUAGAGUAUGAAUAAUGUAUUAGUUAAUUAAACUAACAACCGUACCUGUAAGUUGGUAAAAGGGACUGUGGGGCAAAGACUCUGGGUGUAGUGCUCUGCAAACAUAUUUUGUUAUACAGGGUGGCCGAGAAGUUGACGUCCAAAGCUAAAAUUUAAAAGCCUCAUAGUGAUGAGUAUCCGAAUCUAUGUAUGUUCUACGAUUUUGCGUAGUUUAGGAGAUAAUGAUUUUUUUCCCCUUUUAUCCGCUUUCGCGUAAUUGUGGUUUAGGACUUUUUUCUAAUUUUUUUGAACACUUUUAGUUAAUUUUAUUGUUGAUAAUUAUUUACUACAGUUGCAAUAACCACAUAAGAAACUAUGAAUAGUUUAGACAGUGCGGAACUAGUUUAGAAAUUGAGUCGUAAGUUCAAGAUAACUGCUCCAGCUAAAUUCAUGAAAAUGUUCCGAGGUAUCAAAAAAUAAAUAAAUUUACCUAUUGGGAGCCUAUGACUUCUAUUUUUAAAAACUUCCCAGAACAUUGGCCAAUAAAAUGAGCCAAAUUCAAAUUUUAGCUUUGGACGUCAACUUCUCGGCCACCCAGUAAGUAUAUAUUCUUAUAUUUUAUUAGAUUUGAUAAAGGUUUUUGUUAAUUUUGAAGUAUUACCAGGGAAGCUACCUAUUAUAUUCAUCCUGUUAUCCGCCUGUCACUGUACAGGCAGCACACUAGAUAUUACAGCUGAUAAUGAUUUAUGGUUAAAUGUAACUUCAACACUAUUGUAUGACCGGAAAGGCCCAGGUACAUACCUACUAGGGAGAGACCCGCGCGCUCUUUUUAUUUGUGUUUAUUAAAAUAAAAAUAUUGUUUAUUGUUUCAUUAAA